AUAGCCGAGUGAUCAUAUGAGUCCAGUGAGUGGCUUCAGGCAGCUUGCGGGCCGGGGCUAGCAAGCUAACAGAGGGCCUUGGAGGGACGUCACGACGGAAGAAAGUCUGUUGUGGCCCCCUCGUGCUAUUACAUCGGCAGACGGAUCAGCAGGGCUCUGUGUGGUAAACCAGGCCAAUUGGCAGAAUAGGUAUAGUGGCCAAAGAAUUUGUCCGGGGGGCCUCAUAAGCUAACGGUCUGAUGUGCUCGGGACAGCUAGCAGGCCGCGGCUAGCAUGCUAGCGGAUGGGAUUUCAGGGGGACGAAGCGACGGCGGAGCCAGUUGAGAAAAACCCCAUCGGGCGAAUCACGUCGGUGGUCCAGUCGUGAUGAGUCGGUAAAGCCAGUUGGCAAAAAGAGGUAUUGUAGCCCAAGUAGUGGCUGAUGGACCUCUUUGGAUAGCCGGGAGAUGGGCCUAGCAAAGUUAGCUUCAGGCUAAAGAGUUGAGUAGACACAAAACAGAACAUAUCUGACCUGCAACAGCACAAGGUGCAGUUAGUUACAUCAUAUACUGCCCAUCAGCCAUUUAAAUAAUAAAACAAAUUAAACACUCUUUGCCCCUCCCCUUGAAUGUGCUCAUCACUUGAACAAGACGUUUUGGUCUUCUGGAGAGGAAUUCACCACAUCACAUCUCACAACCCACAUUUGGUGACAAACACCUAACUGAACACACAAGAAGACAGACAAACUCAGCAACAACAUGCAUCGUGAAACAAUACUUUUUCUACUGGUUGUGAUCAUAAUGGGAAACAGCCUCAUGACUGCAGCAUUGGAUCCUAAGCCCACUGAACAGGCCAACCUACCACAGAGGCCUGUCCUUCAGCCCAAAGAGACUGUUCCUGUCACCGGAAACUAUGUGCUGAAAGACCCUGCAGGCACGUCGUGCAUCAAACUCUCCGUGGGAGUUGAGUACAUAGUUAUUGAGAAGAAGAAACCUUCCUAUUUCAACUUAGACCCUACCACCACCAAGACUACUGGUAGAUGUGCUGAAAAAGAGUCAGUUCUCUCCCUGGCUUUUCUAGGAAAGGGAGGCUAUCUGAAUCUCACCUUUGAAAAGGAAGGGAACCUGACCUAUGUGUCAAAGAUCACAGCUAAUUUGGCACCAGGCAAAGGAAUUAAGAACUAUGCUGGGGUAAUAGAACAUGAGAAGCUGUUCCCAACUGCCGCUGGCCGCAGCCUCAAGUGCUACUCUCAGACCGAGUUUCAUCUGUCUGAAAACCUUCGAGUGAAGAUUGUGUCUCUUCAGUUCCAAGCUUUCAAACUCACCAAUGGGAAGUUUGGAGAGGAGGUUGAGUGCAGGGCUGAUUUCAUCAAGAAGAUCAUUCCCAUUAUUUUUGGUGCCACGGUUGUGGGACUCUUGCUGAUUGCUGUCCUGUCCUUCCUGAUAAUCCGGGACCACCACAGACAAGCUGGCUAUGACAGGAUCUGAGAACGCUUCAUGCAAAAAACAUGAACACUUUUUAUAGCCAUGUUUUGUAUUUCCUAAAUGUUUUUUUAUCCAUUGCUCAAUUAUACACUAUUUAUUGUUGUUUAUAUAAAUAACAUUAUUACAGUAAAAAAUAUGUGAAUGUGGUUAACACUUAUAGGAAAGCUCUGUAAGUUUUCAAUCAUAAUCAGCAAAUAUGGUCUGAAUAAUGUGGCUUUAUUUUAGCAAAUAGAAUUUUGAUGCUUCCUAAUGUUUGGAAAUUAUAUUCUGGUUUGAAGAGUGCAUACAUUCCCGUGUGGCUUUAUCCAACUGGAUUGCAAUCCAUUGCAUGUAUUCCCGUGUGGCUUUAUCCAGUUGGAUUGAAAUCCAUUAUCUUCAAAUGCACGUAUAAGUAUAGAUGUCUUGAAUGCCUUUUUAUAAAAACACACUGCCCAAAAACAUAUAAUUCUGUAAGACAUUGUUAUUAAUUCGGUCUUGAACCUCUCUGUGACCUCUCCUGAGGGUUAGUGCUAUUCGUGAUCCUUAGUAUUUCCCGACCUUAAACACUAACCAUAACCACUAACCAUAACCACUAACCAUAACCAUUUUACAUGUCAACUUCAAUAGUGUAGGGACACUCAAGGAUCCCGCAAAGCACGGCCAGUCCAGAGACCCGGUUGACACUAGAUAAAACA